AAUAUAUUUCUCACAGGUGGAAGCUUUGGCAGUUAAGUUGACUCAAAAUGAGGGAGAAUUGAUUCAAGAGAAGUUUGAAGUGAAGAAGCUUGUAAACUUUCUCAAACAGGUCAUCUUUGACAUCUAAACUUUUUGUAAAUCGUUUUAGAAUCGCCUUCUAAACUUUCUGCUUAUAGUUAUGAUUUAAUUGAACCCUUUCUGAAUUUUCACUACUAUUUCUUUGAUCAAAUUCCAGUAUUUUUGUUUGGAUAUUUCUUUACAGAUUGUACUAGUUUGACAUGUGUAUGUGUAUACAAAUAACCUGUUUCAAACUUCAAUUUCUGCAAGUGGGUGUGUUGGUUCUUCCUUCUAUGGAAGCUGGGGCACUUCAAUUGUUGGUGAAGAUUACACCACGCUGGCCAAGUCAGUGCCAUCACAAGUUCUCAUGGGGAGGGGAAAGCCAGUGAGGUUGCAACCGAUGAUGAAGAAUGUCAAUGAAGGGAAAGGUAUCUUUGCACCUGUUGUGGUGGUCACUCGUAACAUCAUUGGCAAGAAGCGUUUCAACCAGCUUAGGGGCAAAGCCAUUGCUUUGCACUCUCAGGCUUCCGAAGAUGCUAAAAAGUUGGUUAAUCAAGAGAAGUCUUUUGCCUGUGCCGAAAUCCAAAGUGAUAGGACGUGGAUGGACUAAUAGAAGAGGUUCAAG